AUGGUUAAUCAGCUGAUAGCUUCUUCAUCUUCAUGUUUCACCUAUUAUGAUGUAUUUUUGUGUUUUAGGGGUGAUGAUACUCGCGGAAAUUUUAGAGAUCAUUUGUGCCAUGCUUUGGUUAAGAAGAACAUGAAGACAUUUAUAGAUGAUAACCUAAGAAAAGGAGAAGAUAUAUCAGGAGCACUUCAUCUUGCAAUAGAAGCAUCAUGGAUUUCUGUCAUUAUAUUCUUCGAAAACUUUGCUUCGUCAAAUUGGUUGGACGAGCUUGUUACAAUCCUUGAAUGUAGGGAAACAAACCACCAAAAUCGUGACGUGUCAUGGGAGCAUGAAGGUUACCUGAAAGAGUUGAGGGAGCUGAUGAUAGACAGAGGAAGUGAAGCUACGAUGCUUCCGAAAUUGUUUAUCAAUGGAAAAUAUGUGGGCGGGUCUAAGGAGGUGUUUAAGCUUUUAGAGGAGGGCUGGUUUCGCUAG